UCAUAAAUCCUACAGGUAGGAGGAGAGGCCAGCAAUGUCAACGCAACAGGGGACCCCACCGUUUGAAGGAGACCAAGGAAGCCCUGUUCUCGGGCGGCUUUUCCUGAGGUUUUCCGAAGAGUUCUACCUGCUGUUCCGUUUGAUAUUGGCGUUCGUUGCCGCGCUGCACGGAGCGCAAAAGGCCUUCGGCCUCUGGGGCUUCCCGAUGCCUCACCCCGACAGACCUAUUGUGACCUUCGCCGGGUGGGUGGAGCUAAUAUCGGCGUUACUCAUCGGGCUGGGGGUCUUCACCCGCUUGGGCGCCGGCGCCUUGGUUGUCACCAUGGUGGUCGCCUACUUCAUGGUGCACUCCCCCGGGCAGCCUUGGCCGCACCUCAAAGGAGGCGGCGAAGUCCCGCUCCUCUGGUUCGCCAUGUCCGGUAUCAUUGGCGUCCUGGGGAGCCGCAAGUGGGGAAUUGAGCGCAUGAUCUUCAAGCGGGAAUUGCUGUAG